AUGGAGAGCCCGUCGGCCAUUUGUCUGUGGGAAUGUCAUUACGUGUACCGUGCCUACGUUUACCCGUUUCUGAUUCGUACAAGCAAGGAUAAACGAAUCCCGGUGACCGUCGUGCUCUCUGGGGAUUUCUACAACAUGAUCAAUGCUUACAUCAAUGCUCGGUACUUAAGUCAGUUCGGCGACUACAGCGGGGACGACCCGUUUGUACGCCCAUCAUUCUACGCGGGGGUCGCUCUCUUCGUGUUCGGUCUAUCGAUGAACAUUCACUCCGAUCUAGUACUAAUCAACCUUCGCAAACCCGGGGACAGCGCCUAUAAGAUCCCAUAUGGCGGCUUGUUCAAGUACGUGUCGUCGCCCAACUACUUUAGUGAGCUACUGGAAUGGAUGGGCUGGACCCUGCUGUCCCAGUCACCCGCGGGUCUGUCGUUCGCGGUGUACACCGCCGCAAACCUUGUUCCUCGCGCCCUCAGCAACCACCUUUGGUAUCAAGAGAAGUUUCGUGGGGAAUACCCGACCAAGCGAAAAGCUUUCUUGCCAUUUUUGUGGUGA